AUGAACGUCGCUCUAACAUUCCUCGCUUUGGUAGCCCUCAGCUAUUCAGCUCCUCAACCGAGGAAGCUGUUCCAUGAACACUAUGAAGAUUUUAUGGCAGUUAUCAAUGAUGAAGUUGGCCAUGAGUUAGAGCACUUAAUUUCUCACUACUUGGAAUUUGAAGAGUUCCGUGCUACUCUUAACUACAUUGACAGCACAGACUUUCAGAAAUUGAUUUACGAAAUGGAAGAUUUACCGGAAUUUAAAGCCGUCGUAGAUUUCCUAGAAAGUAAUGAUCUUGAUAUGCAAUACUUUGUUGACGCUUUUAACGCUGGUUUUGAAAAUGUAGAAAGAGGUAAUCUCCGUCACGAGGUCAGUGGCCGUGAUAUGUCUUCUUUUAUUAAAGACUGUAUAGAAACUUACCCUAAGACUAAACUAAUUGCACUGUAUGAAGAGAAGUUCGCCGAAGAUGACGAAUUCAGACGCGCCAUGGAAAGCUUCGAAACCGAGGAAUGGGAUGAAGUGUACAGCGCUCUCUGGGAGAACGAGACAUUCCUGAACGAAGUCGCAACCCUUAAAGAAAAUGGAGUCGAUGUUGAGCUUAUUUUAUAUGAAUACAAGGCUAUUUUAGGACUCAAUUUAUUCAUCGAUGACUUAAAUAAUAUACAUUUGAUACGUAACGGCGAUAUCAGAACCAGAGAUACUAAGAUGGAAAUUGCAACUAAUAGUAAAUCUAAGGAUACUGUUGCAAGGAUAUUUAGAUCACCUACAACUCUAUUUGGAAUAACAAACACCGACAAAGGUGACACCAGUUUAAGAUUAACUGAAUCAGAAAAUCAAUACGAUGUCAAAACAAUGAAUGGUUUUAAUAAUAAUAAUGGUAGGAGUAAUUCUAAAAGACAACGAAAAUAUUUGGUUUCUUAUAUCAAACCUAAGGCGAAUAAAGUUACCUCAAAACCUGAAGUCAAUCAUUUUCGUGACAUGUUCGUACAACAACGUAUAAUACAAAUGUCUAAUAAAAAUCCUUAUAAAUUGGCUUACUCUGGAGGGAAAAUAAUUGAUGCAAUAGGUGUAAAUAGACUGAUCGCGCUCGAGCCAUCGUACCGCUCGGACGUUCGAACACGUAUUUAUUUUUCUGUUGUUGUUUUUUUAUUGUUGUUGUUUGUUGUCGUUGUUUGCUGUCUUUGUUUGUUGUCGGCGAUGGACAGUGACACUGAGUUGUCUUCCGACGCCUUUAUUGGCCGAAAAUGGUCUUAUGGUGGUCUCGCCAUUUUUAAUUCCGACUGCAAUAUGGAGACGGAGACGAGGAUGGUUGCGGAGAUAACGCCUGCAAUUCGCGGCAAAACGGCAUCAAAGGGACGUAGUAGUGUGUGUAGUAGUGUUAUUUUAGAUGAAGCUGCUGAUGAUAUUAAUCACUUGGCGGAACACUAUUUGGAGUUCGAAGAGUUCCAAAUGUCUAUAGAUUACCUAGUUAGCCCAAAAUUCAGGAAUUUAGUUUACGAGAUGGAAGACUUACCCGAAUUUAAAGCUGUUGUGGAUUUCCUCGAGACCCAUGACAUCGACAUUAACUACUUUAUUGACUCUGUCAACGCUUUUGUAGAUGGUUUUCAAAAAAGAACUCUUCGUCACAUGGUCAGCGGCCGGGAUAUGUCAGCUUUUAUUAAAGACUGUAUCGACGAAUUCCCCCAGGCGAAAUUGACUGCUCUGUAUGAACAGAAAUUGGCUGAAGAUGAUCAAUUUAGACACGCCAUGGAAAGCUUUGAAACCGAGGAAUGGAAUGAGUUGUACAGCGCUCUUUGGGAGAACGAGACAUUCCUGAACGAAGUUGCAAUCUUAAAAGAAAAUGGAAUCGACGUAGAGAUUGUCUUGCUUGAAGCGAAAGCUAUACUAGGAAUAUCGACACUGCCAAAAACACCUUACAAGAUGAAGGUCGCUUUCGUAUUCCUGGCUCUGGUAGCUGCCUGCUCUUCAGCCCCUCAAUCAAGGGUUCUGUUCCAUGAACAUUUUGAAGAUUUCAUGCAAGUUAUUUUAGAUGAAGUCACUGACGAUCUUAACCACUUGCUGGAACACUACUUGGAGUUCGAAGAGUUCCAAAAAUCUCUAGAUUACCUGGUUACCCCAAAUUUCAGGAAUUUGGUUUACGAGAUGGAAGACUUACCCGAAUUUAAAGCCGUUGUGGAUUUCCUCCAGACCCAUGACAUCGACAUUAACUACUUUAUUGAUGCUAUCAAUGGCUUUGUUGAUGGUGUUCAAAGAAGAGCUCUUCGUCACAUGGUCAGCGGCCGCGAUAUGUCAGCUUUUAUCAAAGACAGUAUCGACGAAUUCCCCCAGGCGAAAUUGACUGCUCUGUAUGAACAGAAAUUGGCUGAAGAUGAUCAAUUCAGACACGCCAUGGAAAGCUUCGAAACUGAGGAAUGGAAUGAGUUGUACAGCGCUCUUUGGGAGAACGAGACAUUCCUGAACGAAGUUGCAAUCUUAAAAGAAAAUGGAAUCGACGUAGAGAUUGUCUUGCUUGAAGCGAAAGCUAUACUAGGAAUUUACUAA